AUGUCCGAAACUGAUAUCAAUCGGGAAACGUCAUUCAACCAGGAAGUCUUCAAUCUGUCCCUUUCUCUGUCGCGGAAUCGUAUGAACGAAUCUACAGAGCUGCGCUGCAUGGCCUUGAAUGCAGAUGGAUCGGUUAUACAUUCCGAGCUUCGGGGCACGAAAGCUGAUGUUGCGAAGAAGUACGAUCUGGAUGGCCGAGACUUGCGGAAUGUGGAUCUUGUUUCGGAAGGUAUUCCGCAUAUCUUGGUCCGUCCUUCUACGAUAUUCAUUAGCAUGUUUACGCUGAGGCUUCUUGUCAGGGCUGAUGAGGUUCUGUUGUUUCUUUUACCGACUGAGGACUCCGAUGUCAAGGUGCAAGAUGUUUUCUUGAAUGAUCUCCACAGCAAGUUGAAUUUGGGUCACAAGUCAGGCUUUGUAACGAAGCUUCCUUAUGAACUACGCGUUGUCGAUGCUGCAUUGGCUUCUGUUAUUGCUACUCUCGAGGCAGAACAUAUUUUGAUCAGGAGGGAGGUCAAAGCAAGCCUGCGCGACUCAACGAGCGAGGAUCUCGUGCACAGUGUUCUACGAGGACUACAGGAUCAUGGAAAGAGGCUGGUCGCCAUUGGACAACGUGCUCGACAAGUCCGCUCCGCUCUACAAGAGCUCCUUGGCAACGAUGAAGACAUGGCUACCAUGUAUCUGUCUGAUAAUCUGGCUGGAAAGCAGCAUGCAAUUCAAGACCACCAAGAGGUUGAAUAUCUUCUGGAGGCAUAUUAUAAGAAUGCAGAUGCGAUUGCUGAGUCGACGAGUGCGCUGCUGGGGGAUGUGACUCGAACGACAGAUACGACGCAGUCGAUUCUGGAUGUGCGCCGAAAUCAGAUCAUGAUCUUCGAAGCUCAAUUGGAGAUUUGCAUGCUCGGAUUUGCUGUGUCGACUUUUGUAGCGGGCUUGUUUGGUAUGAAUGUGAUCAACUACUUCGAGGAGAGUGCUUAUGCAUUUGCGGCUCUUGUUGGAGCAAGUGUGAUUGGCACUGCCCUUAUUUCAAGAUAUGGGAUGUGGAAACUGAACAAAUACCGCAAACUACGAUUUUGA